AAGUUUGACGACGACGGGCCUGAAGAAUGAUACCUUCUAUAUGACGAUCAGGAUGUACAUAGCGGCCUAAUCGCGUCUCAUAAGAUCGUUGAUGCAAAUCUUCCAAUAUGGGAUCCUAGAGAAUGCUUCCUACGGAUGGUAGAAAUCCGAGUAUCUCUAGUGUUGAAAGAAUAGACAUGUCAGAAUGAUAGAAACAGGCGUGAAACGAUACAAUCAGUUCUCGGAAACGGCUGUGGCUUGGAAUAGGUUUAACGAUUCUAAUGGGGACAUUAACUACUUCUCUGAUGCUCCCUCAAAAAGCUGCUUCGUCUCAAUACCUCCUCUCAAGCUUCGUCUCAGCCUCGAAAGCCAUUAUGUCAACCUCGAAAGUAAUUGGGCGAAUCUUGAAAGCAACCUUUUGAAGCGCGAGAGCAACAAGCAAAUACUCGAAAACAACCAAUUAAUCCGUGAAAGCAAUCAGGCUAGUCUUGAGAGCAACCUCUUAACCCGCGAGGGCAAUAAACAAAUUGCGGAAAACAGCAAACUGAUCCUUGAAAGCAAUACUUUGUUCGUCGAAGGCAAUCUCCUUUACAAGGAAAACAACAGAGCGAAUCCAGAAAACAUCGACCUAUUACUGGAUGCCUGUCAGACAGCCCAGGAUAAUAGCUUAGUGGCAGGACUUACCCUUCCAGUACGACCGAACCAUGUCCAGAUCUUCCCUUUGAGCUAA